AAUCAUAACUCGAACGGUAUAGACGGACUAAUCGUAGCGAAUGGUGUUUGAAGUGAAUAAGUGGUGAAUGAAAAGCAAUUUGAAAAAGCGCUUUUGAUGACAAAGUUAUAUAUAGAAAUAAAAUAAAAAAAGAUUUUAAAAAAUAAUUGUGUGCUAAAAUAAGUGAAUCCUUGUUUUAAGACAACAGCAAAGUGCGUCUACAGUGUUAAACCAGUUAACCGUGGGAAGUGGUGAUGUGAAAAAUGGAAAAAAUACUUCGUCAAGUAAAAUCAUUUUUCAAAGCGUUAAUAUGUUUCCUAAUCGCCUGCUGCCUGUUGCCGAUGGUUAUAUUGUCCUUUGUAUGUGUCCACUACAGUGAUGAGUUGGUUAAUUAUGUGCUUAGCAUCAAAUACCCCACGCUCACCAUCUCCAAAUCGAAGAAGAUUCGUACUUUUAUCGAUACACCACGCAAUGCGGGAAUAUUUCACUUUCUUCUUCAAAUUAAAGGUCAGUGUGACUUUGAACAAAUAAAAUCUUACUACACCGAGAAUUUGACGGAUGCACGCGACAAGGCUGGCUAUUUGCGUUUUCCGAAAUUACGUCAAAAAUUGGUGACCUGUUGGGGUCACUACGCUUGGGUGAAUGAUAAUAGUUCCUUUAAUAUAAACAAUCAUGUUGUACUCAGUGCACGUACGCAUCGCGGACGUCCAGUGAGCGACAGUAACAUACAAGACUUCGUUAGCGAAUUGGCCACUAAAUACAUACCGUCCGACUUGCCGCAAUGGCAAGUAAUCAUUAUACCAACUGCAUCGACUACCACCACCACAGUAACUACAACAGAGGCUGGAAACGAGAGCUCGACUACUACGACACAAGCCAUGGACGAUCACUACUAUGUGCUCGUGAAAGUACACCAUCUAAUCAUAGCCGAAGAGGAGGAUCUACACAUCAGCGAACUCUUAAUGCUGCAGGAAAAUGGACGCAAACCGCAGAUAGAUAUGGAUCAGUUCGGUGGUAGAAAGAAGGCACAAGCGCUAUCCUAUUUCGUGCGCGAACCUGUGCACAUACGACGUCUACUCAAUCACAUUGGCGCGCAGAUUGUGAAUGCUUGGAAUGCUUUCAUCUAUGAGUUUGAGUCGCUGGAGACACCAGAUGGCUACAGACCCGUGCAUAUCACCAACGUGACGCAGUUGCUGUCGGUGUUGCUGAUCGUCAGCGUGAAUGUGUGCAUCGAUUAUAGGCGCACAAUGCAAUUGCGUCAGAAGCUGCGACGACGUUACAAUGUGCAAAAGGACAAUUAUGGACGUUUGAGAAUAUUCACGAUGCUGCUCCUGAAGGAGAUCGAACGACGCAAUCUCUCAUGGCAGGCCGCUUGGAAGGCGGUCUGCACUUCGUGGCAUCCAACGAAUAUUGUGAAAUCGUGGACGAAAUUCUUGUGGCGUCUCAACAUCAACAAUACCGUAUUGUUGCCCUAUCGCAUCUACUGCGAACUGAUGGCGAUACGCGAGCUCAUAUUCAGAGGUCAAACUCACCUCACGCACACACAUGUGGGACGCAUCUCGAUAUAUCUACCAAUGGUGUUGUAUGCACAAAUCGAAUUCUUUAAGAUUUGCUAUGAAAUCUUCAAAGCGCCGGUGAAUAUCUACGAAGAACUCUUUGUUAAACCCACCAAAGAAGCGAAUAUACUACAAUUGAAGUCAUAUUCAGGACGUAAAAUCGUUUCAUUCUCGAAAUCCAUCAAUGCGGCUGAACUGCGUCAACGUCAUCAUUUCAAUGCGGCUUCAUGUGAAUCCGACUUCAUAUUGGCCUGUCUCGCGGGCGCCUUACGUGACUACUUUGCGGUGCAUAGCAGUCAGGCGCCAGUACCACAGGUGCUCAAUACUACCUGUCGCACCAUUGCGAAGGGUUAUUUCACCGAGAAGUCAGGCAAUAAAGCCGAAAAUAUUGGUGGUGUAGUCUUUCUACAAUUACCGCUGCAGUCGCCCGGCAGUGAACUUACGCAUAAAGUGCAUACGAUUGUGGAGGAUAUACGACGCAAGCAAAUCAUGAUCUAUCUGGCGUCGUUGGGACAGACACGUUUCGAUCUGCUGACCGCUUUGAUGCCGCGUGUCUUGACGAAAGUCUGUUUGAAUUUCUUCUCACACAAUUUUCCCGUUACUAUUACGGAGAUACAUGGCGCUACAUCCGAUUUCCAAACACUCUGGGGUCAUGUGGUGGAGGAUGUGUUGCUCUUCAGACCGCCUCAAUCGAAAACUUGUCUAUCUUUGAAUAUUCAUCGCUUUGGCGAUCGAUAUCGUUUGGCGAUAAUGGCUGACACCCAACUGGGUCCGGAUCAUUCUCAAAUAUCUCGUGCAUUUGAAAAUUAUAUUGAAACAGUGGCACUUUGAGGGAGUUUUAAUUUAUUAAUUAAUUUCUGUGAUUAAAUAAUUUUGUAAUAAAAGUCGUUUAACCAAAUUAAAAA